CUGCGAGAGGACAAUGGCGGAGAGCGACUGGGACACGGUGACGGUGUUGAGGAAGAAGGGGCCGAGCACAGCCCAAUCCAAGUCCAAGCAGGCAAUCACUUCAGCACAGCGGAGAGGCGAUGACGUUGCGACGACAAAGAAAUGGGCAGCGGGACAGAACAAGCAGCACACAGUCACUAAGAACACGUCCAAACUGGACCGGGAGACUGAGGAACUGCACCACGAGCGGAUCUCUCUGGGAGUGGGCAAGCUUAUCCAGCAAGGGCGGCAGAACCACGGAAUGACACAAAAAGAACUGGCUACAAGAAUCAGUGAAAAGCCUCAGAUUAUUGCUGAUUACGAAUCUGGAAAAGCGAUUCCUAACAACCAGGUCCUUGGCAAGGUUGAACGGAUACUCGGUCUCAAGCUACGCGGAAAGGAUAUUGGACAACCCCUGGAACCAGGAACGAAAAAGAAAUGAGAAUAAAGCCUCGAAAUCAGCCCUCUCUUUCUCUCUGCGUGUGUGUGGGCUGAUCUCACUGACUUUGCCACAAGUCAGAAUAUUAUUGCCAAGCUGAAUAAAUGAGCGUUUUUGGACUU